AUGUUUCCUGCUAAAUCUCCAAAUGAAGAUAAAAAAGCUGUUGAUAAAGAAAAAAAACAUGAAAAAGAAGAAAAUACAAGAGCAACAACACAAUCAACAAAUGAUGAUAGUAGCAAUCAAUCAACCAAAACCAAAAAAAGAACAACAACAACAGAUAAUGAUAAUGAAAUUUAUCCACCAGCGAAAUGUUUGAAACAAAUCGAUGAUUCUAAUAUACAUCAAACGGAAGAAACAAAACAUGAUUUAACUAAUGAUGAAGAAUCAGAAGGUAAAGCUUUUUGUUUUUUUCUUUGA